GCGCCGCCCGCGCGGACCAAGGAGCCGAAGGCUCCCCAGGCCGAGCAGCGGUCUGCGACGACGCAGCCCGCGGAGACCCCGCGGCCCAGAGCGGCGAGCGAAAGGCCACUGAGGUCGAGGAGGCACCCACGCAGCCGCAGGCCAUGAGCAGCCUGACGGACGGAUUCGACUUGCCCACGCAGGAGGAGCCGGAACCCGACGGUGCAGCCCCGCAGGCUAGCAGCCCAUUGUCGGCGGCAUUCAAUGCCGUGCGCACGCAGGAUGAGCCCGAACCUGGCGCAGAAGCCCCCAAGGCGAACAGCUUGACGUCUGCAUUCGCGGCCUUGCAGAACGACCUCAAGGCCACCAGCGAAGCCCCGAAGGCGAACAGCUUGACGUCUGCGUUCGCGGCCUUGCCGGACGACCUCAAGGCCACCAGCGAAGCCCCGAAGGUGGCCGAGACGAGCGACACCGCGCCGCCGGCGGCCUCGCAGGCAGAAGUGCCAGGUCUCGACCAGAUGUCACCCUUCCAGAGCGCCCCGACGCAGAGCCGCAGUGCCGGCAACUUCGACGUGGAGUACGAUGAGACUUCGGGGGGCCGGCGGGUGGCCACCUGCGCAGGUCAAGGAUCAGGUGCCUACUCGACAGAGCAGGACCAUAAUUUAGUGCACAGCGUUGCCGAAACCACCCUGUCGAAGGACAACCAGCUCUCGCAGGAGGUAUCCUCGGCGACGACCUUCGGCACCAUGUGCCCUGGGGCGCUGUCCGAGUGGGCCCCGUAUGCCGCCUUCUACCGCCUACAGCAGGCGAAGGCGGCCGUCUAUAACUUGCCCAGCGGGCCCGCCUACCGCAGCCUGUCUUACGACGUGGUCUACGACGCUUACAUCGGGCGGGGCCAGCGUGGGGGGGCCAUGGAGGGCGCCCUGAAGGACCGCGACGCACGCGCGAUCAUCUCGGGCGACAAGGGCCGCGACAAGGCGCGGGCGCGCGACGGCGAUGGCGCGAUGAGGUUCCUACGCCAGUUCGCGCGGACGGACCCGGACUGGAAGCUCAGCUGGGCGAUCGUGCCCCGAUGGGGCCGCGGCAGCGACUUGUCGCCCAAGGAGAUCGACGAGAUGAAGAGCCCGGCGGCCCAGGAUGAGGAGUUUGCCGCGCGGCAACAUGACUUCGGGCACCGCCAGCAGGAGAUGGAGCCCAGGGCGCAGGGGGGGCGCGUCGCGUCGGCGCUCCAGAGUGCCUACUCGGCGCAGAGCGGUGAGAUCACGGCCAGGACCCCCCAGGACCACAAGGGCGCCACCGCGAACGCCAACCAGGUGCUGCAGGGCCACGCGACGCGCUGGCAGAUCCCAGUGCGCCGCGAGGAGAGGGUCCAGACCCUCAUGAACGCGGUUCUCGGCGCCGGGCAGACGCACCGCUCGAACGGCACCCUGCAGCGGCUGCUGGCAUCAAGGGGUGCCGAGGACGAUUUUCACCCAACUUGCGAGAUCGCCCAGUACGGCGGGAUCCGGGCUCGGGGUUUACCUGACCAGCUCGGUGGCACGCACGCUGCCGCGCGUGCCAGCACUGGCGGGAGCGUGCACCCCAGGAUACGAAGGAGAGGGGAAGCGGACCUCGUCGACUUCACCCUGGAGGCGGGCCAGCUCGACGGCGAGAUGGUGAAGGUCGGCCUCAAGGGGGUGUCCAUCAGGCUCGGCGGGCGCCUCAUCGUCCAGGACGCUUCGUGGACUGUCGAGACUGGUGAGAAGGUGGCUCUGGUCGGCCCCAACGGAUGCGGCAAGACGACGCAAUUGCGCAUCCUCACGGGCGAGUACGUGGCAGACGCUGGCGAGGUCAUCAUGAGCGAUAAAAAGAUCAAGAUGGCUGUGCUGGAUCAGAGUUUUGUGGACGAGCUGGACUUUGAGAAUACGCUGGAGGACGGGAGAGUAGAGGGUGCCGAAGCAGAGGGAUAUCCUCUAUGA